GUCUAUCUAUCUGACGAUAUACAUUUUUUUUGGUGUGUUUUGGCAUUUUUUGGAUCUCGUUUAAAUGAUAAUAUUGGCUCGGUAAACGUUAUUGGUGGCGCUAUAAUCGUCAUCAAUUUUAACGAUCAUUCAUGUUAUAUGUGUGGGUAUUAUAUGUGUUAUAGCUUUUGUCUUGGAUAAAUUGUAAUCGGAGUGGCACUGUUUUUUUAUUUGUUGUAUAUCAUUUCAAUAAUAUCAUCAUGCGUUUGUAUUCACAUAAUUCUUUGAUUAUCUUUUACUGACAUUACUGAUUAUAUAUUCAUUAUAUCUGUGAAAAAUAUUCAGACACAUUUAAUUUUCAUUAUUCUAAAUAAUAUUUUGGUCUGUAUGAUAAAUUUUUUCAUAUGUUUAAUCGUUCCAUAAUGAUGAUGGCAACUUCAUUAUCAUCAUCAUCAUCAACAGCCGCAUCAUCGACAACAUCAUCGAUAUCGGUAUUGCCUUGUAAUAAUAUUAUUUCAUCAUCAACAACAACAACAACAACAAUGUCAACAUCGAAUACAAUGGCUCUAUAUGCAUGUACCCGUUGUAAUUCUCGUUAUCCAUUUGAUGAUCUUUCUGAUGGUGAAAUGCUUUGCAAGGAUUGCCGGGAUGCAUUUGUCAUGGUCAAAUGUACUUAUUGUCGAUCGGAAUUUCAACAGGAUUCAAAAUCUAAUCUGAGCUCAAUCUGCCGUAAAUGUGACCAAAAUAUUAAACUUUAUGGAAAACCAACAUUAUGUGAAUAUUGCAAUAUAACUGCAGCUUUUGUUGGAUCUAAAUGUCAACGUUGUAUGCAUUCAGAACAACGAUAUGGUCCUCCGGUUACAUGCGAUCAAUGUAAACAACGUUGUGCAUUCCGUCGUAAAGAUAAAUAUGAUCCAAAUAGACGUCUAGAUAGUGAUAGAAAACUAUUAUGUUGGCUAUGUACAAUGUCAUAUAAACGUGCAUUGGCAAAAGCUAAAAAUAAACAAUCAUCAUUACAGAAUUCGAAUCUAAAACGUGAACAUUCAAGUCGUUCAAAAUACAAACAAGAACAUGGAGGCUCAAACGGUACUAGUGGUUCCAAUAACACAAACAAUUGGGAUCAUCGUGAUGGUGGAUCAUCAUCAUCAUCAUCAAAUAAAAAACAAUGCGUUGAUUAUGUUAAAUCAUUUAUUAAAACAAGUAAUGGAACAUUUUUACCAGCACCGGCAACAACAGUAUCGAUGUCGUCAUCGAAUAAUUCUAGUACAUCAUUAUCGGUUACUUCAAAUAUAGCACCAGUUACAUCGACAACAACAUCGAUGUCGAUUGAUGCCAGUAAUGAUAUCAUGUCCGUUAGCGAUAAUGUUGUCGCUGUAACACAACUUCGUGAGAAAAUCUUAUCACUUGAUAGACAAUUGAAAAAUAAGAACCAAGAAUUGCUCAAAAAAGAUGUCAAGAUUAAUGAGCUAAAAUCAGAAAUCAGUAAGGAACAACGAGAAUGUCGAGAAAAAAUUCAAGACAUGACUCGUAAACAUAAUGAACGAAUACAGGAACUGCAGCAAAAAGUAACGAAUCUGAAUAAACAAUUAGCAUCGUUACAGAAAGCUUCGAAAAUUAAAAAUUCAAUAAACAAUUCAAGUAAUAACACCGGUAACGAUAAUAAUAGUCCAUUGAGUUUUUCAUGAAUUUUUCAAAUCAUCGUUAACAUCAUCAUCAUCACUUAUAUCAAUCAUUUCUAACAAUCAUCAAUUAAAAUCGACUGCGAAUCGUUUUUUUUUUGUUAGACUUCGAUCAAAUCUUAAGCAUUGCAUUUUGUUUGCUAUACUUAAAAGUUGAGUGAUCACAUUUUUAUUAUCAUCAUCAUCAUCAUCAUCAUCAUAUUCAUAUUUCAUGAUAUUACGUGAAUUUUUCUGACAAAAUAAAAUUGUGGAAAAUACACAAAACUAUACACACACACACACACACAUAAUCAUAAUCAUACUCAUACACAAAAACGAAAAACAAAACAUACAUUAAUAGGAUCAAUCAAUUCAUUAACACUCGAUCUCUAUCUGUCGCUAUUGUUGAUAUGUAUCGAUAAAAACAAAACAAAUCGAAUCGAAUCAUCACGUUUUAUUAUUUUCUAACAAUUAAAACAAUGAGACAGUGAGAGAGAAAAAAAAUAUUGAGAAAAACCUUAAACACUCAUCAAAAACUUUUGUAUACAAUCUAUAUAGAUUUGAAUCGAACUUAUGAUAUAUAUAUAAAUAUAUCAUACAUACAUACAACAAACCAUAAACUAAAAAAAAACGAAAAAAACAUUCACUCAACUAUCCCAACUAUUGUUUGUGAUAUAAUAUUUUUCAAAUGUUUUUUUUCCUUUGUCCAAAUCUUUUUUUUUUGAAUUUCGAAUAAUUUUGAUCGACAUGA